CUCAGUGCGAUCCCUUUGAUCAACUCGGUCCGAAAUUACAAAUGGCGGGAAAGCUUAACUGGGGAUUGCGUGUCUGGUCUGUCAGUAGCUUUUCUUCACAUGCCCCAGGUAGUGUAUGGUGUCGAAAUAAAUAAAAAAACAAAAAAAAAACUUUAUUUCAAAGUGUGUGUGUUUUUUGUUUUUUUUUAUUUUAAGGGGAGGGGUGGGGGUAGGAGGGGGGGUUUGAGGGAGUAGGAAAGAAUUAACAUACAUUCUAACCGUAUGAUUUUAUGAAUUUUAAAUGGCAUUUUCCGACUGCAUUGCAAUUUAAAAAAAAAAUAAAAAAUAAAUUUAAAAAAAAAUCAAAUUGUGCUCCAUAACCGUUAAUUAAAAUAUGCGAUGUGACGUUGCCAGGUCUUAGGAAUGACAAGCCCUAUUCGGAGACCUGAAUCCACUCUUCUGGUGUCAUCCUCAGGGCUUGGCCUACGGCCUCCUGGCGUCCCUGAGUCCCGUGUCUGGCCUCUACUCGUCCUUCUUUGCUGUGAUGCUGUACGUCGUGUUCGGCACGUGCCCCCACAUAUCCAUGGGGACUAACUCGGUGCUUGCGCUCAUCACGGCGGCUAUGGUGGAGAGGGAGUUGUCGGCCCUGCCUGGCGACUACUUUUCAAGUAAGUGUAUUACAGUGACCUUAUUGAGCUGUCAAUUCGAGUAUUUUAUACGAGUAUGACAUUAUUGUGAGGUAAUAUAGUUUUGAGGGGAUUCGGAGAUUUUCGUAUCCGAAAAUUUGAUCGAAAGAAAUUUCGUCGACGGUAAAUUGAUCGACGGUAAUUUGAUCGAACGGAAAUAUGGUCGAAUCUUUUUUUUCCGUUUUUACGUUUAAAUUUUGCUUCAAAUGUGUUUUUGAACGCAUUAUUUUGUUUUACUAUAUAGUAUAGUGCGUUCAAAAAGAUACUUGACGAAAAUUUUAAUGUGUGAACUGAAAAAAAGAUUCGACCAAAUUUCCGGUCGAUCAAAUUACCGUCGAUCAAUUUACCGUCGACGAAAUUUCUUUCGAUCGAAUUUCCGGUAACCGAAGAUUUUAGGUAAUUAGAGAUAUGAGAUUAUGAGAUUGUUAUUUCGAGUUUAUGGGGUUUGAGGAUUAGAGUUUUGUCGGGCAAGGCGAUUUAAAAAAAAAAAAAAAUGAAAAUCGGAGUUUGGAAUAAGACUUUAAAUUUAUUUUUUUUGUGUGAAUUUUAGUUGUUGUUUUUUAAAAUUUUAAUUGGAAUUGUCGCUCUAUACGGGCCAGUCAACCUUUAUUUCUAUCAAACGAAUCGUAAAUUAAUUGCAACUUUCUGACGUCAAAUUAUUGCACCUUUCUGAGCUCAGCUUAAUGCAACUUUCUGACGUCAAAUUAUUGCAGCUGCCUGACGUCAUUUUAUUGCAACUAUUCAGUGUCAAUUAAUCUCUCUCUAGAAAACGUCUCUGGGGUCGUCUCUCAAGAGCCCACAGACGAAGAAGAGAUCAGCUUCAAGCUGACCGCCGCCAUGGCAUCGGCCUUUGGGUCGGGCGUCCUGCUGUUUCUCAUGGGGCUGCUACGGGUUGGUUUCGUGACCAGCUACAUGCCCUCGUCAUUCGUCGGGGGAUUCACUGCCGGGGCAGCCGUGCACAUCGCCACAAGCCAGGUGAGUCCAUGUGUG